AUGGUGGCACCUAUGACAUUAUGCUUGGAGCUGCUGGCAAUUGCGUGCCUACUGGCGACAGCAGUUGGUAGAGAGAUCAACCAGUUCCCAGAAGGCUUCCUGCUGGGAACCGCCACUACCUCAUACCAGAUAGAAGGUGCCUGGAACGAGGAUGGCAAAGGAGAAAGCAUCUGGGACCACAUGCUUCACGAGCAUCCAGAAUUCGGUAACAAUGGGGACAAUGGAGACGUGGCCUGUGACUCGUACCACAAGUAUGCCGAGGACGUGCAGGCGCUCAAGGACCUGGGGUUGAGUACACACAACAGACGUACAGUGGUGACGAUGUUCCACUGGGACUUGCCGCAAGCUCUGCAGUACAUAGGUGGCUGGCCGAAUCCCAUCCUCGCGGACUACUUCCUCGAGUACGCCACGGUGCUCUUUGACAACUUCGGUGACAGGCUGGGCCUGUACGCGAACCCUAUCUUCGUGGACGCUGACUACCCGGCCGUGGUGCGGGAACGUGUGGACAACAACAGCAGAGCCGAGGGUCGACCCAGGUCACGCCUGCCCAGCUUCACAGAGGAGGAGAAGCGGAUGAUCAACGGUCAGUACAACAACAGAAGGGGGCCUGAAUUCUCAUCUUUUCUGUUUAUCACUCCUGCUGUCCCCUAA